AACAUUUUGAAUUAGGGUAUGGACAAUAAAAGACCAACAGAAACGAACCUCUGAACAAUUAAUUUUUUUUAAUUUUACCCUGAAUAUGACUUGUCCUAUUAUCUGUUUAUUUUAUCCGAAAACACAAAAUUUUUGUGUAUGUGGUUCCCUGACAGCUGGAAUAGCCAUGAUUACAACUUUUUAUUUUAUUGGCUCUUUAGUUACAGCAGUUUAUGCGGCCUCGUUCCAUUAUGGUAGUGACAAAAUGUUAUAUUUAUUGCUAUUCAUUGUAACUGUGUUCCUUCCAAUAGCUGCAUUGUCAGGAAAUCAUGAGUUUGUUUUACCUUGGUUGGUGUAUGUAUUUUGCUUUGUUUUGUUACAAAUUAUUGAAUGUUUAUUAAUGUUAUUACUCUUGGUGUUUGGAAAACUUAAUUUCUUAAAAUGUCUCGAAGAACUGGUAUUAUCUGCAAUCUUCAUUGCACUCCAUACAUAUUUUUUCAUAGUAGUCUUCAGCUACUAUUUAGAAAAUGAUGCACAGGCAGAAAAACUACUAACAGAAACUACGCCUUUAGAAGUGGUUCAGGUGUAGAUUUAAAAUUAAAAGUGACAUGUCAUUGUCUUUUUAAUUGAUUUGUAAAGAGGAAAUUAAAUAAUAAUUUAAUAAACAUUGUCAUAUUAAGAGUUAUUCUG